UACCAUCUCUAAUUUUGUAUUUUGAUGAAGUUUCUCCUCGACGGCAAAAAACUAACGGUUUUUUCUUAUUUAAUUUGUAUACAAUUUAUUUUACCGUUUUAAAUAACCAAUUUUAAUAUAAUGAGCUGCAAUAAUGAAUCUCUGUUAGACGUUCAGAAUAUAUCUACAAAUACUAGCUCGUCACAAAGGCAUAGCGCAAGAAACUCGACCCACACCUCCAAAUUCUUCUUUCCAUUUCGUUUAAAGGACAUUACGCAAGAAAUUCUCGAUGCCGAGAAUGAGCCUUUAAAAGAAAUUACUUUGAACGAAUCCGAAGAAAGUAACGAAUGCUUCCCUGAAACCCAGAAAGAGAUACCACAGAUCAUUAUUGAUACGAAGUUCGGUGAUUUAGGUGUUAAAAUGUUGGAAACUCCAAAAAAACCUAACGUGAGUGUGGCACACGCGAAAGAGGGUGUUACUUUUUUUAGUAGCACACCGUUCCCUUUAAAUUGUAAACAAAUGUCAACACCCAGUUUGGGGCCCAUAGGAAAGGUGAAUAACAAUUUGAAAGUACCUGCAUCAGCACACAUCAUUUCACAAGUGACUCCUUUGUGCAUUGGCAACGAAGUAAAAGUAAAUAAUCGACUAAAGCACUUAAAUAAACAGCCGCAUGACUAUAAGGAGAACAACCCUAAAACCCAGUCAAAUGAUUUAGAACAAAUUUGCGUAAAUAACGUAAAUUAUCUGAUUCUAAAUCAACUUGGAAGAGGCGGUACAUCGGUUGUUUACCACUGCUACAACAUUGUCACAAAGGAGGAACGCGCAAUUAAGAAAGUUAACCUGGAAAGUGAUACACAACGAAUUGGCUAUUUGAAUGAGGUCAAUGUUUUGGGUCAGUUGCAGAACAGUGAUUGGAUAAUCCAUAUGUAUGAUUACCAGUAUAUUGAAUCGAAUAACACUUUACUACUAGUAUUAGAAAAGGGUGAACCGGAUCUCUCAAAGAUAUUAAGGCAUUCGAUAAACUCCAAGACACACCUACCUCUAUACAGGAUAAUCUGCUAUUGGUUGGAGAUGUUGUAUGCAGUCCGAGAAAUCCAUAGUAACGGUAUAAUUCACGCUGAUUUAAAGCCUGCAAACUUUCUUUUGGUAGGGGGGCGCCUGAAACUAAUCGAUUUUGGGAUUGCAACCUGCGUGCAGGAGGACAUGACUUCGGCCAUUAGAUCGUGCCAGAUUGGUUCAUUUCAGUAUAUUAGCCCAGAAGCUUUAAUAAACCAGCCCAGUAAUAAUGCGGACAGUCCAAACUUCGGAAAACCGCAAUAUAAACUCAAGUACAAAACAGAUGUGUGGUCGCUAGGUUGCAUUUUGUAUCAGAUGGUAUAUCAGAGAACUCCAUUUCAGCACGUCCAACAGUUGUGUGCGAAACUGGCACUAAUCAUGAAUCCCAAUCAUCAAAUCAGUUAUCCCACUUUAGAUUGGGUGCCUGAAAAAAUCAUAGAAAUGAUAAAAAGUUGCUUGCAGUUUAAUAUUAAGGACAGGCCGUCAAUUGUUGAUUUGAUAAAAGAAUGCGAACAUUUUUUUUUAUCGACGCAAAGUAGCAAUAUUGUAAUAUAAUAUUUUUAUUAAUAGCCCUUGUAGCGUAUAACAUUCCUUUGUAUAAAUAUCGAUUUAGUUUUAAUAAACUCGUAUUUUUUAUUCGA